AUGAUGCACCCUUUGAUUCUUCCCCUUUGGGGGAUUCUGCUGGGAGUUUCCCAGGCUGCGACGCCGUAUGUGAUGGACUGGUCGUCCCAGGCCUACGGGCCUGACGGCCCAUGGCAGGCCGUGUCCAUCCAGGUGGGCAGCGACAAACAGACCGUCGCUCUCUAUCCUGGAGCCAACUAUGCCAGCACCAUCUUGAUGGACACUAUCUGCACGAACAAAACGCUCUCGUCCACCUGUUACGCCGCCCAGGCAGGCACCUUCAACCAGAACGAGUCCACCACUGCGUACACCACCACCCCCAGCUCGUGGGAGACGGUCUACUGGGGGGUGCAAGGUGGAGCCAUUGAAGCCGUGCUCGGCGACGAGGUCAGUCUGGGCUCGGCUGUCGUUCCCAAUGUCAGUUUCGAGGCCAUCUACCAGACCUACCAGACCUAUCCCAAUGGCAAAUCCUAUCCCGUCUCGGUCGGCAGUCUCGCCAUAGGGGCCCCGUACUUGAGCGAUCAAAUCUCCAACUCCACUACCCUCAACAUGCUGGCAGGAUGGCUCUACUCGAAUAGCGACAUUCCGUCCUACUCAUAUGGGAUGCAUAUUGGUUCGGUGAAUCCCGCUAUUGCAGGCUCGCUGGUCUUGGGGGGCUAUGAUAAGAGCCGGGUGAUGGGGGACGUGAGUGCCCAGGCCGUCAGUGUGAAUUCCGCAUCGAGUGGGAUCCUGGAACUCGAAUUGAAGGAUAUCGGGAUCGGCGUUGCUGCGGGUCCCUCCCCUUUUAGCUUCUACAACGAGAGUGGCUUGUUUCUGCAAAGCAGUGGGGUCGUGCUGGCCAAGACGGUCCAGAUCGACGCGACAAAGCCCUACAUGUAUCUGCCCCAGUCGACGUGCGAUGCCAUCACCUCUACGCUUCCGAUCUCCUUCAACUCUAGCCUGGGACUGUACUUCUGGGAUACGACCAGCAGCGACUACUUGAAUAUCACCUCGUCGGCUGCCUAUCUCUCCUUUACAUUCAACAACAAUGGCGUCAACAAUCAGAACUUCACCAUCAAGGUUCCCUUUUCCCAGCUGAACCUGACGCUGCAGGAACCGCUGGUCGACCAGAACACGACUUACUUUCCCUGCUUUCUCUCCGACUCCACCCCGGUGUUUGGUCGGGCUUUUCUCCAGUCGGCAUUUGUUGGGGUCAACUGGUUCAAGGGAAAUAACACGGGGACUUGGUUCCUCGCACAAGCGCCUGGGCCUAAUCAUGCCAGUGCCGAUAUCACCACCAUCAAUGUUAACGAUGGAACGAUUUCCGGAUCCAACAAUACUUGGGAGCAGAGCUGGGCCAAGUACUGGAAUAUCGAAGUCUCUAGCAACUCGACCAGCUCUCACGGUGGCUUGUCGUCUGGAGCCAAGGUGGGCAUCGGCGUUGGUGUGGGGGUGGGUGGAGCGAUUGUCAUUGCGGCAGGAGUCUGGGGGGCGAUUCUUCUCCGUCGCCGUCGCGGUCAAGCUGCUGCAACCGAACGACAGACGGUGUACCGCGGUGAACCGGCGAAAGAAUUGGAUACCAAGAGACAUACCCAACCGCAUGAGAUGAUGGCGUCGCAAGAAGUGCAGCGCUAUGAGCUAGAUUAG